AUGGCGAGCAUUUGGGUCUCUCAACUGGGAACGAUCUGCAGCUCCAAGACUUUGCUGGUGCUGUUUUCCAUCCUGCUGCUCCAGGGGCUCUGUGGACUGAGCAGCCCUAUCUCCAACACCAAUCAGAGGCAUCGGGCAGACGGGCAUGGAGGGGUGGUGGAUACAUCACUUCUGGAGCAGGACAACAACAUAAGCAUGCAGAGCCUGUUGCAGAGCCUGAAGGAACAGUUUCUGCGGACUUUUAAUCUGUCUGGCUUGGAUCCUCAGCCCCUGCCUCCUGGAAGCACAAGGGAAGAGCCACCUGAGUACAUGAUGGAGCUCUACAACCGUUUUGCUAAUGACCGCACUGCCAUGCCCACUGCCAACAUUAUCCGCAGCUUCAAAAAUGAAGAUUCAUCUCCUAGUGGUGUGGGUGUUGGAGGAGUGAGGCGUCACCCACUACUCUUUAAUGUGUCAGUUCCCCACCAUGAACGCAUCACAGCGGCAGAGCUUCGCCUCUACACACUUGUCCAGACUGACCGCCACCUCUAUGCUGGUGUCGACCGAAAGGUGACGAUCUAUGAGCUGGAUUCACAUAUCGUGGAUGACAACAUGACCGAUGACAAUACUUUGAGAGGAGAUGUAUUGAAAGAGGAGGAAGAACGGAUAGAGCUGGUGGAGUUGGCUUCACGGCAGGUCUACGGCACUGAUAACGGCUGGGAGGCCUUUGACCUCACUGCUGCUGUUCAACGAUGGCGUAAUUUGGACUAUGGCACCACGCAUCGGUUGGAGGUGCACAUUGUAAGCAUGGCUAAUGAGGAAAAUGUUCAAAGCAUGACAGAGGACAACAAAGACGGACUUGAAGGGGAUAUGCAGAUCGACACCAGCCCUGAGGAGAAACACACACCUUUGCUGAUUGUUUUCUCUGAUGACCAAAGUACCGAUCACCGGGAUGACAAACGCGAGCUGAACGAGAUGAUCGACCACGAAACCUCAAACAUGGUUCUUCAAAAUGACUUGGGCCUGAACGAUCUGUGGGGGGAGCUGGGGAAGGAUGAUGGGGAUGAAGAAUCAGAGCCAGAUGAAGAGGACCUAAUCCAAAUGCGCUCCAAUCUGAUCUACGACACGGCAUCUCGCAUUCGUCGCAAUGCCAAGGGAAACCACUGCAAGAAACAAUCUCUGUACGUAGAGUUCAAGGACAUUGGAUGGGACAGUUGGAUCCUCGCCCCGACUGGUUACGAUGCCUUUGAGUGCACUGGCGUUUGUUCAUUCCCACUGACAAAGCAUGUCACGCCCACAAAGCAUGCCAUAGUCCAGACUCUGAUCAACAUCAACAGCCCUCAGAAGGCUGCAAGGGCUUGUUGUGUGCCCACCAAGCUGGACCCCAUCUCCCUGUUGUACUUGGACGACACAGGCAUAGUCACCUACAAGUACAAGUUUGAGGGCAUGGCGGUGGCUGAGUGUGGCUGCAGAUAGUCCAUGGUUUGAGGGAGUUUUACUCAUCGUGAAGUCUUACAAUAAGAGGAAAGACACAACAAUAAGCUGAAAAGGGAGGUUAGCCAAAAAUGUCUGGCAAGAAUCUCUGCACGAGUUACUUAAUGAGACUGGCAUCGUUCAUUCACUAUUUAUGAAACUAUGUGUGCUCCUAAAUUAAUGAUUGUGGAAAAUGUUUGUUUUAAACAGCUUAACAGAAACAGACAGAAUGAAGACAGUCUGCUGCGGAUCAACAGUCAACAUGUUGCCGGUAGGGAUGCCAAGGUGCGUCGUCAUAGAAAGAAAAUGCACAAGAUUUCACAUCCUACAGUGAGGAGGCCUGGUGGGAACCAGCGGGCCAUUCAUCCCCCUCCCUCUCUUUUCCACUGACAUCUGUCUUCCUCUCCACUUAUCUCUGGCCUCCCCACUCGAUGCAAACACUAAUCAGCACUUCAUGUGUCCUGGCGCAGUGGAAUGACCCCCCCUGAGGCAACCUGACAAGACAUGAACUCUGCGGUCCGACCUCCUGCCUCCUGCAGCCUCCUGAUACGUAGGCUCCUAGUGGCAGGGUUAUCUACCCCAAUCCUGUUUCCCACUUCACAUGCCUCUUUUCCACCCCCCCCCCGAGCUACAGUGAUAGCAAGGUGUGGGGGGUUGAGAAACAACACUCAAUUUGGAGAACUGAACGGCAUUCUGGGCAACUUUUAAGAUGGUGGGAUGGGGGAGUCAGACAGGACAUAGGGGCAGGGGUUGUCCACAUUCCUGGGCAACAAACAAUCUGAACUGCAACUCUGUGAUAUAGCAAUGUGCCGCCAACAUAUCUCCAACUCAUCAUUUGACCCUUCCAUCACUUUUAUGGUAAAUUGUCUUAUUUGAACAGUUAUUAUCUGCCGGCGAAAAUCAAGAGUGGACUUGGGGGCACCUAAUCAUGUGACCGUAAUGGAUACAACCCGAAGGAAAUGCAGUCACAGAAAUACUUUGUUUAAAAGACUUUCGGUACCUCUGCUGCUUGUCUCAAAUAACACUAUUUAUUGUUCUAAUUUAUUAUUUUUUACAACAGAGUAGAUAACUUUGUAUGUACAUUUGUAAGUUACUUAAUGUUAAGAGGUUAUUUUAUCCGUGUCAAUGCCUUUUCAGAAAAAAUAUGAAUUCUGUUGGGAAGAGAAAUGGUAACAGUUUCUUAAAACAAUAAAUAUUUAACAUA